CCUGAAAGACCGCUGUCAGGGCUACAAAAAACUAAAUCUUGGUUGUCACGGCAACGUUGUGUAUGAGCAGCCAAAUGAGUGAAAGUAAUUCAGGGCCGGACCACCUUUAGCUAACUUGUCUACACUGGAAAAUAAUGGGAAGAGAGAAACGGCGAGCUAAUUCAGUGAAGGUCUGAAGCAGUGAACCCGAGCAAUGUCAAGUAAUAACCUGCCACCGGUGCGCUAUUUGCCACACUGGACCAGAGUAGGACGUCUGGAGAAACCUUGCUCGCUACGACGUUUACCGGCUAACCCUGACCAGCAGCUGCCGCUACCUGCAGUCAAGCCAGCGGGGGGAGCUGCGAGCGAAGCGGCAAAGAUGUCCAGUCAAAGCGGCGGCACGGACCUCCGGGUCGCUUCACUGCAAAGGAACAUCCAGUUCCUGCAGCAGCAGCACAAGGAAACUCUGGAGAAGCUCCAUGCAGAGAUAGAGUACCUCAGACGGGAGAAUAAAGAGUUGAAGUAUAAGCUGAUUAUGGAGCCUCCUAAGUCAAGUAGAAAAGUGGCACACAGUCGACGAGAGCUAAAGCCGCCCACACAGGGCAGUGAAACCCAUAGUGGACUGUACCUGGAGGAGCCGCUGCAGGACACGCGACCCUUGCAGGACCAGGCUCUCAGUACCACUGGGGCGUGCACUGAAAUUCUGGACUCAGCCAGACAAGACCAUGGCACAGAGAUGAAGGAGCACCUCAUCUCUUCUCUGCAGCCUCUGCGAAUUCACAUCAGUUCCUCCCAUCCGCCACGGGCUCCCACACUACAGGAGUGUCAGGUCAUCAUCCGGCAGCUUUACAAUGCUAACAGUUUACAGUCUCAGGAAAUUAUACGUGUGAAGACUCUGCUUAGAGAUAUUUUUUCAAGCAAGAAAAUCACCCCAGAAAACUACACUGCGGCCAAGGCCUGCCUUUCAGAGGGAACUCGCACAUCUUUAGAAGAUAACAAAUUACCAAAACUUGGUCUUCAGUCAUUCCCAGAAAAAAAGUAUGGACCCUCUCAAUCUGGGGUGGUCCUCCCCGCACUCAAACCGAGCCUCAGCUCCACCACUGCAGAAAGACAGAGGAGGUCCCGCGCCGUGCAGAGAGACCGUUUCAGAAGGACGGUACGGUGACAGGAUCACAGCGACCACGCCAUAAAUCAUUGUUCUGACAAAACAAAUGAUUAUAUAAUGAAUUAAAGUAUUUCUGAUCUAUGAUGUUUAAUGAGGUUUUAAAGUUGACCAGGAUAGACUGAUUACAGCAGGCCUUGCACAACUGGAAUUAAUAAGAUCAAUGAUGGCCCAGUUUGAUUACCUCUCCCAGUAAGUCACGACUGUGUGAAACAGCCGGCCCUCCCAUAAGUGGAAUGCAGCCAUCAUUAACACACCUGUGUGUUUCCUGCUGUGGCAUGUCAAAAUGUCUGCUGUUAAAGAAGGCCUAUACAGGCAUUUCAUUAUAGCAAUUACUGCUCAUUAGCACAGGUAAUAUGCACAGAAUAGCGCAAAUAAGGCCUGGAUCUUUUAAUUUUGCAGGGAAUAAUGUUUUUUUUUUUCUCCAAGUAUUUUAUGAUAUUUUUGGCUUACUUGAUUUUACCACUACAAGAAAAAAGCAAACUUAAAAGCACCUUUUGCACAGGAGACACUUUGUGUUAAAGCCACUUUUUGUAUCACUCAAAACACUGUGGAGCAGUGUACUGAUUUAACUGGCCAAGCAUUAGUAGUUAUGCAUUCACACUUUGAGUGCAGGUAUAAGAAUUACACAAAGGGAAUAAAUUGCCUCUACACAAAAUAGUGCUGUUCUUUUGUGUUUUUCCCUCUUUGCCUGCCUCUUCAGAAUGCUUUCCUUUUAGCAA